AUGAUGCUUUGGUUUUCUUGUAAGACAUAUGCAUCCUAUUAUGCAAUGGAGUCCGUAUUAAAACAAUCAACUAAUAGUGUAUGUGUUUAUGUUGCACCAACAAAAGCAUUAGUUAAUCAAGUUGCUGCAACAAUUUAUAGUCGUUUUAAUAGUCCUUGUUUCGGUUUAUUUACACGUGAUUAUCGUCUUAAUAUUGAUCAAUGUCGAAUUUUAGUUACAGUACCACAAUGUUUAGAAAUUUUAUUAUUAUCAUCAAAUCACCCACAAUGGCGUAAUCGAAUUCAAUAUGUUAUUUUUGAUGAAGUACAUUGUAUGAGUAGUGAACUAGGUGCUGAUAUAUGGGAGAAAUGUAUGUUAAUGAUUAAUUCACCAAUGAUUGGAUUAUUAGCAACAGUUGAUAAUGGUCGAGAUCUGUAUCAUUAG